CAGCGCACACUACGAUACGCACACCGCCGUCACCUCUAGCAAGUUUUCCGCCAAAAACUGAAACCUAAUGAGUUUUGUAAGCGCGGGACUACUUACGAGUCGCGGCCGCCAAAAUGGCCAAUCGGGGAGUUAAUUAGCGUCCAUAUAAAAAUUCAUAUAGGAUAAACUUUACCAUCAGGGAAACAAAAAUCUGUUGCCGCUGCUACCGUGCCAACAGAGAGAGAGAGAGAGAGAGAGAGAGAAUGGUUAUGAAAUCACCGUCCUCCAUGGUCGUAGCGUUGGGUGGGCAGCAAUCGAGUGUGGUGACGAAGGUUUGCUAGCCGGAGGUGGGGCGGGGCGCGGUCGCGGCCGCGAUUGAAGCGCAGUGAUUUUUCUUCUAUCGGGAAGGGUCUUAAAAAUAGAUUUUCGGCGCUUGGAAAAUUAUGUGAAAACAUCACGGGACAGAGGGAGCAGAGAGAUACAGAAAGAGAGAAAGAGAAAGCAACACUAUCGAAGGUGGCUGAGAAACUUUGCGCGUUUGACUGCCAACCGUCGCAGUCUGCUGUCAGUCAGUCGUUGGCUGGUGAAUGGACCGAGCUUCGGUGGUUUACGGGAAUACCAGUGUUGGCGAAUAUAACGGCGGCAGCAUGGCGACGAAAACCGGUAAAGACUCGGUGUAAUUUUGAGCUGGGCGACGAUAGUGGGUGGAAUUUCAUAACAAACAGUGGAGAUGUGUCACAGUUACCGCGGGAUUUAACUAGCGUGUGCGAAUCAGUGCAAAUAAAAACAGAUAAAAGUGGCAAUUAUACUUUUUGCGUGUCCCAGUUGGUGACGAAUUGAUUUUUCAUCUGGCGUCGAGGAUCUGCGAGUUCGUAGAAGCAAACGCAAGCAAAGAGAAGAACAAGUGUUUUUUUUUUUGUGUGAAACCAGAAAAAUAACAGAAUAAAAAGAAUUUUCCCACGGUUGAGAGAAAAAAGCCUCAGUGCCAAAGCGAAAAAAAAACCGCAAACCAUUCGGAGAUGAAGCUGUGGAAAUCGAAGAAAAGUUCUUCCGGCGGCGGAGGAAGCAUCAGCACAAGCUGUGUGCCCUCCGGCGGUGGCGGCGGCAGUGGUGGGGGAAAGGGCGUUAGCGCACUAUCGAAAAGCUGCAAUUUCAAUGGCCACAACAGCAGCAGCAACAACAGCUUCGAGGAUAAUAGCGUCGAGACGUCGUUCAUCAACCCCACGGCGGGAGCAGCGGCAGCGGCGGCGGCUGCUGCUUCUGCUGGAAACGGAACGUCGGCAGCAACGACGACGGCCGGGACGCCGUCGGCUGGUCUGAUGCAGACGUCCGGGGGGAACAACACUGGCAGCAUCCUAUCGGCGAUCGAUCGUGCCAUGAGUCCGGCACAGUCCGAGGAUUCCGGGUUGGCAGCGGACCGCGGAACCACCUACGCGACGAUCUCGAUUCCACGCGAUCAGGGCCAGCCACUUGGGAUCAUACUGGCAGAAAGAGCCGACCUCUCCUAUCCUCCGGUAGUGGAAUCCAUCAACGGUCCAGCAGCAGAUUUGCUCGCACCGGGUGAUCGAAUUCAUCAGAUCGAUGGCAUUUCAACGAUCGGACUAACAAAUCAGCAUUUAUUCAGUAUAUUAGCUCACGGCGAUGGACCGGCGGUGAUUGAAAUCGAGUACUCGUUCCCGGAAUACAUUUCACAAAACAGCUUGUGCGUGACUACGAAGCUGGCCCAGAUCACGGUGGAGCGAGAAAAUGGCUGCCUGGGAUUGACGCUGCGUGGUGGCGGUGAAUACCCGCUAGUCGUGACAAACGUGCGAAUGCUCGGUCCAGUGUUCAAGACUGGACAGAUCAAACCGGGCGAUCGGGUGCUGCGAGUCGAUAAUAUUUCACUGGUUAACAAAACCCUGUCGGAGGCUCAGCACAUUCUAAAGAACGGACACAUGUCUGGCUACACGAACCUGACCAUCGAGUAUGACGUGUCGGUAAUGCAGAGUGUAGAGUUUAGCAUGGGACCGCUGCUGUUGGAAAUUGAACGGCCGAUGAACGAGAAGCUGGGAUUGAUUCUGAGCAAUUACUCCAGCGCGGUCAACCAGGGGGAGAUCUAUCACAAGCUGGAUGAGGUGCAGCCGGCAGGGAUCUACAUUGCCAGCAUUCUACCGGCUAGUAUCGCGGAUCGUUGCGGAGCUCUCUCGGUAGGCGACCAGAUUUUAUCCGUAGACGAAACGAUCGUGGAAAACAGCGCCUAUUCGCCGGAGGAAGUUACAGCUCUGAUGGAUGCUAACUGUACCAAAGGCUACACCCAGCUGCAGAUUCUACCGGCUCACACACUCAUCAGAAGGAGAGGCAUCUCCUGUUCCAGCCCAAAGUACGGUUUCAACACUGUAGAUUCACGCAAGAAUCUAGCCGCCGGCAAAAAUCGUCGUCUGGUACGAAAAAGCUCGCUUCCGCAACCGGCUGAGAACGGAACGCUGCAUCCGAAUAUGGGCCUGUGUAAGGCGGAAACCAUCCAACUGGUUCUGGACUGCUCUCAGGGCUCCGGAAUCUGCCUGGGACCGAAAACACCCUGCGGAAGAGGCUACAUAAUCGCUCAGAUCCUACCGGACUCGGUGGCCGAACGUUCCGGGAGUCUACAGAAGGGUGAUCGUAUCCUGGCGGUUAAUAAGAUGUGCAACCUGGAUGCCGGCACGAUCCGGCAGUUGCUGGGUGAUUUUGGACCGAAAACGGCAGCAAAUCACUAUCACAAUCAACCACAGACCACGAACUGGGUCGAGUUGGAGCUGGAGUUCGAUAUGGCUGACAGUGUCAUACCGUCCAGCGGGGUGUUCAAUAUUAAGCUAAUCAGACAGAAUAAGUGUGGCUUGGGGAUCACGGUUAGCGGCAACAAUCACGGGUCGUUUGUCAUAUCGGAGGUUAAACCGGGUAGUGCCGCACAUCGAACGGGAUCGCUGAGAGCAGGUGACGUUCUGCUGGCAGUGGACAAUCACCCAGUUCAACACUACAAUCUCGAUCUGCUACUGAAGGAGAGUAAGAACGAGUACAUAACGUUGACGGUCAAAAGAAACUCACUGCCGGACUUUUUGUUCGAUGCCCAGCAGAAAACUAACAUGAUCUACGGCAGUACGGAGGAUAACGCCUACAUUUAUGGAACUAGGUACAACGAAUCGCCAUCGUUAAAGUCCAACAACAACGUAGACUACUUCCAAAUCGAAGAUCAUCUUCAACAUCAACAACAACAACAGCAGCAACAGAUUCGGAGACCCAUGUGGAACCAGCCUACGCCGUACGACAUUCUGCCGGGAUCGGGUAAUCUGAUGUCACAGAGCACCGGAACGCUGAAAGCGAUUCACCAUCCUUCGCAGCAGCAGAAUUCAUCUAGCGCAGAGAAUCUGCCGCAUCCUUCCAGCCAGAUGAUCAAUGGCGACGGAGAACUGUGCGAGGAUCGUUACGAUGAUAUCGUCCACUACAAGAUGGCAUCGAUGAACAUCAACAGUACCAACUACGUGGGUUUGGGUAACGUUUCUGGGGCUGUUGGUGCUGGGAUUGCUGGUGGCGGAAGUAGUUCAGGAGGACAAGAGAUACAGCAGAUAAUUUUCAAUGUUCGCUUGGAACCGAAGGGAGGACCGCUGGGAAUAACCCUAGCCGGCAGUGAUGAUCUGCAGAAACCGAUCAAGAUCAGUGCUCUGACGGAGGGUGGCAUUGCGCACAACAACGGUCAGCUGAAGGUUGGCGACUGUCUGCUGGCAAUCAACGGAGAAAGUGUUUGCGGAGUCCCCUUAACGACGGCCACAAAAUUACUGCACAAAUUCGAAAACGUUGUGGAUCUUCAGAUAUCACGCACGGAAUGUUUAGGGGGAGCAUGUGGGCCACGACCGAGUCACAGUGCGGAAGCGCAGACACAGGCCCUGUACGCAAAGGUUCAAAGGAGGCCUAGAAGUCCCUCGAUAACGGAUGCUUUGUCCACAAACUCGAACUCCAGCUCCGGUAACUGUCGGACGCUACACGUGACGUUGUUCAAGGAUCGCGUGUACGACGACUACGGUUUCUCGGUGUCGGAUGGGCUGUACGAGCGGGGUGUCUACAUCAACCGGAUUCGAAGUGGAGGACCGGCCGAUCUGGUCGGGAUGCUGAGACCGUUCGAUAGGAUUGUGCAGGUUAAUGGAACGAAAACACAGGACUUCGAUUGCUGCCUGACGGUGCCAUUGAUAGCAGCUGCAGGCGAUAAGAUAGAUCUGGUCCUGCAGCGGCCCCUACCGGAAUGACCCCGCAUGCUGGCUGCCAUCUGGAGUGCCAUAAUGACAUAUGCCAAUAAAUAGAAAGAGAGACAGAGUAUCCAACAAGUGCCAUUUCCAAAACAAUAAACUGAACGUUUGCGUUUUUGCGCCAAGUCAAAACUUGUCCGCCACAGUGGACCCAUACUUAGAAUAGACUACUCCCUAAUAUUUAUCGACUUUCCCUAUUCCUAUCUAUUCUCGAGCAAGCUCCGACUUGUAUUCCUGCCUAAUUCACUCAUAAAAAAUGAACGUAUUUAUUAUUUAUAAUAUUUAAAAUCUAUUCUGAUUAUUACGCAAUCAUGAUUAUACACACCAUUUUUACAAUCAACUGAAACUCUUAGGACAAUAAAAUAGCUAGUUGAAGGUCUCCUUUUCCACGUUUCGUAUCAUCUUAUCGCCAUCUCUAGGGUUUGCCAUAAACUAUAAUACAAACCAAUUUUUACAAC